AUGACGGGUCAGAACAGAGAGCAGAUGGUUGGUGGUCUCUCUGGUCUAAAGUUGAGACAUGAGGAGAGCUGCACUGCCCCCCUCCCUCCCUCCUCCAUUGAAGAAGAGCCGAGGAGGAACCAGGCGACGCACAGUGCCUUUGCAGCAUCCCACUCACCAUACAGGCAGAGGCUAACGCUAAAAGCCACGAGAUACGAGAGUUUCUCCGCGAUUGGACUGCGGGACUCCCAGCACAGGCACAGCCUUCCCCCGGUUCCCAUAGGAUCUUAA